GGUCAAUGAGAACGACGAGAAACUUCAUCCCGACUUGGAGGAUUCGAUCAACCAGGAUAGCGCACUCAAUAGCCAAUUGCUCACACCCGUUAGUAGUGACACUGCAUCAACAGACAACGUGAAGCUGAAUAGGCGUCUGAACAGAGUGAACAGUACGCUUCAUGUAGAGUUGUGUGUAGGCUAUUGCGUUAUAUAUUAA